ACUCAAAAUGAGUCAAUUAGUGAUGGUUUCAGAUGCUGAUAAUAAAAAUCCUGCUUCCAUCUAAUUAGGAAAUUGCUGCCUAUCUAAUAACAUUUGAGAAACAUGACGAGUGGCUAACAACCUCCCCGAAAACCAGGCCUCAGAAUGGCUCUAUGAUCCUCUACAACAGGAAGAAGGUGAAAUACAGGAAAGAUGGAUAUUGCUGGAAGAAGCGGAAAGAUGGGAAGACCACCCGAGAGGACCACAUGAAGCUGAAGGUGCAAGGAGUGGAGUGCCUCUACGGCUGUUACGUCCAUUCCUCCAUCAUCCCCACUUUCCACAGAAGAUGCUACUGGCUUCUUCAGAACCCAGACAUUGUGCUGGUCCACUACCUGAAUGUACCUGCCAUCGAGGACUGUGGGAAGCCAUGCGGGCCCAUCCUAUGCUCCAUCAACACCGACAAGAAGGAGUGGGCAAAAUGGACGAAGGAGGAGCUGAUUGGCCAGCUGAAGCCCAUGUUCCACGGCAUCAAGUGGACAUGCAGCAACGGGAACAGCAGUUCGGGCUUCUCGGUGGAGCAGCUGGUGCAGCAGAUCCUGGACAGCCACCAGACCAAACCUCAGCCUCGGACGCACAACUGCCUCUGCACCGGCAACCUGGGCGCCGGCAGCAGCGUGCACCACAAGUGCAACAGUGCCAAACAUCGGAUCAUCUCCCCCAAGGUUGAGCCGAGGUCAAGCGGAUAUGGCGUCCACUCCGAAGUGCAGAACAACGAUGUCUCUGAGGGCAAGAACGAGCACAGCCAUGGCAAGGCUUCCAGCCGGGAGAAGCGGAAUGGCAAAGUGGCCAAGCCAGUUUUGCUGCACCAGAACAGCACGGAAGUCUCCUCCACCAACCAGGUGGAGGUCCCAGACACCACCCAGAACUCCCCAGUCUCCAUCAGCAGCGGUCUGAACAGCGACCCGGAUGUGGCUGACAGCCCAGCCGUCACAGGGGUCUCCAGCGUGGCUGUGGCUUCCGUCAUGGGGAAUCUAUCUCAGAGCGCUGCUGCAGCCGCUGUGUUCAUGUCGGACGUCACCAGCGAGGCCGUCUAUGCCAUGUCCCCCACCACCGGCCCCAACUCGCACCUCCUUUCCUCAGAUGCGGCAGCAGCGGCGCAAGGGCUGGUCCUGGCUGUCAGCUCAGAGGGCCACAAGUUUGCCUUCCCGACAACAGCCAGCAGCUCUGAAGGCCUGUCCAUCUUGCCAGCCAGUGUCUCAGAGGAGCUAGUGCUCUCCACCACACUGGACAGCAGCAGGAAGAUGCCAGAGACAACCAUGAACUUUGACCCUGACUGCUUCCUCAACAACCCCAAGCAAGGCCAGACCUAUGGUGGAGGAGGCCCCAAGGGGGACGGCUGCCUGGGUCCCAAUCUCCGACAGUCGCCCACCACGGAGCGGAGCUUCAACUUCAGCACUGCCCUGGUGAAAGAGAUCAAAACCGAGGACACGUCCUUCGAGCAACAGAUCUCCAAGGAGGCUGCCGCCUUCUCCUCCUCCUCCUCCUCUUCUUCUUCCUCCUCCUCCUCCUCUUCCUCCUCCUCCUCCUCCUCUUCAUCCUCCUCCUCUUCCUCUGCCUCAUCCGCCUCCUCCGCCACCUCCUCCAACUCAUUGACCCUGGCCCCCGGGCCCAGCCUGCUCCCAUCCGGCGGUGGCCUGAGCCCCAGCACCACCUUGGAGCAGAUGGACUUCAGCGCCAUCGACUCCAACAAGGACUACUCCUCCUCAGGCUUUGGCCAGCCAGUCCAGAGCCCCCACAUCCACCAGACCCCUUCACCCAGCUUCUUUCUGCAGGAGGCCCCCAGCAAGCCCUUGCCCCUGGAGCCCAGCGCCCACAACAGCCUGGCUGAUGGCGGGGGCGGUUCCUUCGUUGGCCCCUUGGGCCUCCCCAGUGUCAAGACGGAGGCCUCACCCCCAGGCGCCUCCCACUGCAAUGGCACCGUGGAGGCCCGGAUCGAGCCCACCUCUUCACUUCAGCUCAUGCAGUUCCAAGCCAACUUCCAGAGCAUGGCGCCUGAUGGUGAGGUCCCGAUGGAGACCUCGCCACAUGGGGAAGGAGCCGAAGGCCUGCUCAAGCCUGGAGAGCUACAGGCCUGCGGCACGGAGCACUACCUGCCACCUGAGGCCAAUGGGGCUCUGCGUAAUGGGAGUGGGGGCCUCCCCGUCCUCCAGGGGAACAUGGUGCCUGGCCUCUACCCGGUGGCCCAUCCAGCCCUCAGCAGCACCUCCAACAUGGAGCUCAGCCUGGAUCACUUCGACAUCUCCUUCAGCAACCAGUUCUCCGACCUGAUCAACGACUUCAUCUCGGUGGAGGGUGGGGGCAAUGCUCUCUACGGCCACCAGCUGGUCUCUGGAGACAGUGCUGGGCUGACCCAGGCGGCAGAGGAGGGCAACCGGGCCUCCUCCUCCUACGGCCCAGCCGAGAUGUGCAUCCCCUGCUGCAGCCCUCAGCAAGCCAACCUCCACCUCAGCGCCGCAGAGAACGGGGCCAGCACCAUGGCCUACAUGCAUGUGACCGAGGUGGUAUCGGCAGCGGCGGCGGCAGCAGCGGCAGCAGCAGCCCAAGGCACCCUGGGAAUGCUCCAGCAGAGUGGGCGCCUCUUCAUGGUGACAGACUACUCACCCGAGUGGUCAUACCCAGAGGGGGGCGUGAAGGUGCUGAUCACUGGGCCCUGGCAGGAGGCCAGCAACAACUACAGCUGCCUCUUUGACCAGGUCUCUGUCCCGGCUUCCCUGAUCCAGCCAGGGGUCCUGCGCUGUUACUGCCCAGCGCAUGACACGGGGCUUGUGGCCUUGCAAGUGGCCUUCAACAGCCAGGUCAUCUCCAACUCCGUGGUCUUCGAAUACAAAGCCCGGGCGGUGCCCACCCUGCCCUCCCCACAGCACGACUGGCUCUCCCUCGAUGAGAACCAGUUCAGAAUGUCCAUCCUGGAGCGGCUGGAGCAGAUGGAGAGGCGCAUGGCCGAGAUGAGCCCGGGGCCCCAACAGCAGCAGCAACAGCAGCAGCAGCCGCACAAAGCCCCUGGGGCCCCCAGUGGAGGAGGCAGUGGAGGGGGCUCCGGAGGCGGAGGGGGCGGCCAAGCACAGUGCAUCUCAGGGACGACGGCCGCUUUGGGCAACUGCUUUGAGAGCCGUGUGGUGGUUGUGUGUGAGAAGAUGAUGACCCGGGCCUGCUGGGCCAGGUCCAAGCACCUCAUCCACUCCAAGACCUUCCGGGGGAUGACUCUGCUCCACCUGGCAGCUGCCCAGGGCUACGCCACCCUCAUCCAGACCCUCCUCAAGUGGCGCACUAAACAUGCAGAUAGCAUUGACCUGGAGCUGGAGGUGGACCCCCUGAACGUAGACCACUUCUCCUGCACACCGCUGAUGUGGGCAUGUGCCUUGGGCCACAUGGACGCGGCUGUUGUGCUCUACAAAUGGGACAGGAGCGCCAUCUCCAUCCCAGACUCCCUCGGCAGGUUGCCCCUGGCCAUCGCCCGUUCCCGCGGCCACGUCAAACUGGCCGAGUGCCUAGAGCAGCUGCAGCGGGAAGAGCAGGCCCGCCUCCACCCGCCCUCCCGGAUUCCCUGUCCUUCACGCGAGGAGCCCACUGGCGAGAACUGGAUCACCCAGUGGCACAGCGAAAUGGUGGCCUCUCAGGAGCCCCAGAAGGGUAUCAUGGUCAUCUCCACUUCCAACACAGAACUGAGGCGGCCUCGAUCUGAACCUUCCAGUUACUACAGCAGCGAGAGCCAGAAGGAUUACCCAGCACCCAAAAAACACAAACUGAACCCCGAAUACUUCUCCGCUCGGCAGGAGAAGCUCCUCUCCACCGCCCUGAGCUUGGAGCAGCCAAGCGCCCGGAAGCCCUCCGCUGGCACCAAGACCUCAUUGCCUGAGACAACCAGGCCCCGGCACACGGGGCGGGAUUAUCCGCAGGAGCUGGGCCCUGACCUGGCUGGCUACCGUGGCGCCAGCAACUCUGGGAUCAAGUGGAGCCCAAAAGAGACCUACAUGGCUGGCCUGCCUGGGAUGCCGGUGGCCGGCAGCCCCAAGGGGCUGAUGCUGGUGAGGGACUUGGGGGCCCAGCGGUCCCUGGUGGGGCCAGAGCGGGAAGCGAUGGACACGGAGCUGCUGGCCUUCCGGGAUGCUGCAGAAAGUGAGGAUUGCUUGCAUCAUGUGGAUGACCUGCAGGUGACCAUGAUGACGCUGGCAGAGCAUAUCAUUGAGGCGACACCAGAGAGGAUCAAGCGCGGGGAGAGCUUUGCCCCAGCAGAGACGCCUCUGGCUGAGAGGACGGAGAGUGCCCCCCUUGGCACAUCAAUGAGCUGGCUGGCCAGUUACCUCGCGGAUAUUGACCACUUGCCAAGUGCUGCCCAGAUCAGAAGCCUCUACAGUGGAGCCCUGACCCCUCCUUCCAACACCAGCCUGAGCCCCGCCAACUCGCCCGUCAGCGCCAUGGCUUUUGAGGAGCCCAGCCUCCCUUCAGCCACCGACUGGUCUGAAUUCCUAAGCGCCUCCACCAGCGAGAAAGUUGAGAGUGAGUUUGCCCAGCUCACACUCUCUGACCAUGAGCAGAGGGAGCUCUACGAAGCUGCCAAGCUGGUCCAGACCGUCUUCAGGAAAUACAAGGGACGGCCCCUUCGGGAGCAGCAGGAAGUGGCCGCUGCUGUCAUUCAACGCUGUUACCGGAAAUACAAACAGCUUACUUGGAUAGCCUUGAAGUAUGCACUUUAUAAGAAGAUGAUCCAAGCUGCCAUCCUCAUUCAGAGCAAAUUUCGGAGCUACUAUGAGCAGAAGAAAUUCCAACAGAGCCGGCGGGCGGCUGUCCUCAUCCAGCAGUUCUACCGCAGCUACAAGGAAUGUGGGAAGCGAAGGCAGAGUCGCCGGACGGCUGCCCUCAUGCAGCAAAAGCUCAGAAGCAGCCUGCUUACCAAGAAGCAGGAUCAAGCUGCACGCAAGAUCAUGCGGUUCUUACGACGCUGCCGCCACAGCCCACUUGCGGACCACAGGCGGUACAAAAGGAGUGAAAGAAUUGAAAAGGGCCAAGGAACCUGAAGGGAGAGGUGGCGCCGGCGGCAGCGGCGGCGGCGGCGGCAUCCCUUAGCAAUGUGACAUUGCUUUUCAGACUGUUUUCAUUUUCUGUUUUUAGCAGAAACAUGCAACAACAAUUACAAAUUUAAUUAUGAAAAAAACUGACUGCAAUGCUGAGAACAUCAGCUGCAGGAUUUUAACGGUAAUGUUUAGUCAUUACAUUUGCACUUUCAUGGACAAUUUUUAAUUUGUUCAGCAAGACAUCUUGGGACUCAAAUCUUUGGUUGGAUCAUGGGGGGGGGGUAAGUGACACCCGGAAGGAUCUUUCAUGCGUUGCUUCGUUCCUCUCCAAAACGAAAAGGAAAAAAAAACAAACAAAGAGAGAAGCAAUUAAAUAUCCUUUUCAUAUAGGGCUGUAUUGAAACAAACAAACAAACAAUGUGUGGAACUGUACAAAUAUUAUACCAAAAAAAAAAGGAAAAAAAAAGGCAAACCCCCCACAAUCCAAGAAUCGCUAUUCCUGCACCUGUCAAUCAUCUCCGAGACCCGGGAAGCGCUGGAGGUCCUCCGGGAGGCCUUGCUUUUCGGGGUCCAGCCCCCUCCAUUUCCUUCACUCUUCCUCCACCUUUCCGUUCUUCAUCCGAAUCCGCUCGCCGCAACACGCUUUCAUGCGACGUUUCAGAUCCGCCGGUCUUGUGCCCCGUGGCAAUUGCUUUUCCCCCCCCAGAAAGCUGUUGGUCUUUUUAAAGCAAACGGGUAUUUGCAAAUGGGGGGGGGGGCAAUGGUGGGGGUACGCAGCUCAAGCAAAAAGGUCCUUUUUCGGUGUCCUCCUUUUUCCUUUCUCUCUCUCUCGAGCCUUCAAGUCUAUCAACUGCCAUAUGCACUUCUCAUAUUUGGCACUUUAUUUUCUGGCCUUACUUCACACUCAAGAUUUUUACUUAUUUACUUGCAAAUGGUUUGUAAAGCAUUUUUGGUAACCUUCAAACCUCUUGUUCGACCGAAGAGUCAUGCGCAAAUCAGCCGACUGGACACUGAGGCCACCGAGAAGGAGGCAGCGUGGUGCUGCGUUUCCGGCCAGUAAAUUCCUUCUUUUGGCUAUUUCAUCUCAAAAAAACAUUUUUAGAAAAUGAAGCUAGGCAGUUUCUGUAUAUAGAGAGAAAGUAGAAAUGGCAAAUGAGAAAUAAAUAUUUGAAAGGGAAUAUAUUGAUUAAUUGCUAAAUAUUUUAUUCACAAAGGGUCAAUAACUUGGCAAGAGAACUUGGCGUAUCUGUAUAGUUUUGUCUGAAUGAGCCAGAAGAGUGUGGAUGUUUGUACAUAUUGUAUAUAUUUAAAACAGAUGUGCAUGAAUUCAAGGAAAAAAGAAACGAAAAAGCAAAGCAUUAGUGGCUUACGGUCUGUAAAAUGAAACAAAAACUUUAUUUCACUAUAAGAAACUUUAUUUUAAAUGUUCUUUAGAAGAACAUUUUGCUAAAGCAUGACUAACUGCAGAAGCAAAAGAGCUAAUGUAUUUAGACUUAGAAAAAAGGCAAAGUAACGUUACUUUUAAAAAAACAGAGAUAUGUUUACAUUUGAUUUUGGCUACCAGGAGUUUCCUUUCCGUUUCUUUCGACCUUCUCGAUUAUCCUUCCGUUGUUAUUUAAUUUCUCCUCUUUCUUUCUUUUCUUUUUUUGCCAAUGGUGCCAAGUAAAGUGAAUGCUAAUAUUGCUUAAGAGAAAAAAAAAAUAUUAAGUUAUUUUGCAAAGCAGAUAAUCAUAAGAAUACAAAAUUGUAUCUAGCUUAACACCAUACACUCUCACUCCAAUAAAGAACACGUAGAAUGAACAUAAACUUUAAAAAAAGAAAAAGAAAAAAGAAACAGUAGGGAAGUAGAGAACAAAACGUUUCACCCGUCCAUAUUUCCUGCCGGAAGUCAGACAAACGUACCUAAAAUUGCACAACGUUUUUAAGAAAAACCUUUUUAAAAGUGUUAAAAGACGCAAGCAGGUUUUGUUUGGGGUGUCAUGGUAUAUUGCUAUUUCCACAUAGAGAGGAGCCAAAGAAAUCUGUUUUAAAUUAGUCCUUUUGGUCAAGAGAAAGGCAGAGCGCGCGGGCGGAGAGGGCACCGAUGGGCACCAUCGUCCCCGUCCUCCUCCUCCUCCUCCUCUUCCUUGGGGACCCAGGGCCUUUGCCCAGUCGCCAAGGCCCAGGCCGGGCCCGCCUCGGCCCCCAGCCCCACGUGGCGCACCUGCCUUCCUUGCCGGCCCCCUUGGCCUUUCGAGGGACCCUUUUGGUUGAUGGAACAGGAACUGCUCUUGCUUGAUCCCAGAUGAGGAAACGAUGAGGUUUAGUAGUCUUGCUCUCAAGAGGCUUGUUGUGAAGCCUAAAAAUACUCACAAUUCUGUGAAGUUGUUUUGUUUUUGUUUUUAAAGGGUGUCUUUAAAAGAAAGAUUUAAAACACACAAAAGAUUGUGGCAAAAAAACCAGCCUGGGGUCAGUGCUCUUGGUGCCUUUUCUAGCAUUGUUAAUUAUGUGUGUGUGUCUGCGUCGCUCUCUCUCUCUCUCUCUCUCUUUCUCUCUCUCUCUCUCUCAUUGAUUCUGUUCACUGCCAGGACUGAAAACCGAACCGUGGGGGGAGCGGGGUGGGAAGGGGUUGCUGAAGCGCCUCCUGCUCUGUGGCCCUUCUAUGACAUGCAGAAAUGAACCAACCCAGAAGCCCCUCAAAGGCAAAGGCCGAAGGGCCUGGCUCCCCGCGUACAGUGUCUCUUGGACAGAGGGACCUUUGCGCAGGGAGCCGGGGGCCCAGAAGCCGGAAGGGCUCCCUUCAGCCCUCUGCCUGUCCCACUAGCAGCCCUUGUCAGAGGAAAAGGCCUCCUUCUUUGGGACUGGCCUUUUGCUUUCCCUCCUGGCCAGAGGGAUGGCCUCAGUGGCCCCCUUCCCCUUUGGUCCGUAAGGGUUUUCAGAGGGAGAGCACUAGGCUCUCUCUUUCUCUCCCCAAAGCGGUCGUUUUGCCCUGUGAUUCCUUCCAGAUCCAAGGCUUGGUGGUGUGUCCAUAGGACUGGCAGCCUGGGCCUUCACGGUGCCAAGCUUGGGAAGGGUCCCACUGCCCUUUCAGGGGGUUUAGAAGGACUUUUCGCCGGCACCCACAGGGCAGCGUGAGGCCCGUGGCUGUCGCUCCUUCCUCCCUUCUGUCCCGUUCCGUUCGGUAGGAAACUCCAAGUGGGAUCCUUGCAGGAACGCCAUGCGCUUAUUCCAGCUGGACCCUUGCUGGACGGAGCGGACGGACGGAUGCCCUUUGGGUGUGUUGGCGGUGGCUCACCUGGCAUGUUUGGCUUACCAGUUCCCCCGAGACAGUCCCAGAUGCCCCCGCUCUUGCCCUUCCCUGGCUGGCAGGACUCGGUUGGGGCAGGGAGGGCGCCUAGUCCCCUUCCUUCCGGACAACUGAGGCCCCCGAGACCCAGGGAGCCAGCUCCCCUUGUGUCUCCCCCAAACCAGAAUCGCUCCUUCGUGCGACAUGACGUCCCCGAGACGCAUGGCCCUGUGUGAAAGAAAUAAAGGAUAUAACAUGAACCCCCUGGACGGUUGCACGCUUCCUGGCAGUUCCACAGCGUAGUUGGCGCCCCAACGGAGGGGGGACGGGGGUCUCCCCCAGACUUUGCAUGUGAACCUAGUAUAGAUGUCUCUCUUUUUGUAAGUUUUAUUUUUGUAACUGUGCAUGUUAAAAGCAUCACUGAAUCAAUGGAUCUGUCGAAGAACUCAGCUGCUGGAACCAUGCAAAAUGUUUUGAAUUGCCCUUAAAAUAUGGAACAUGUUUUCUGAAUGCUUUAUAUUCUUUCUGCUGUAAAUUAAAAAGAAGAAAAUUUC